CCAAAUUCCACCCAUCUCUAGCGGCUCUAUAAACAACAAAAGAUUUUCGCAAUAUGUUUUUAACUCUACUUAAUGGCACCGGUUUCGUUUUCAAUGUUGACGAUUAUAUGGAACUGCGGAGCAAACAUCGAAUAAUGGGUGCUCCAGUAGGCACUGCGAACACCAAGGGCUGGAGUCCCAAUCAGUCCACUCUACCCGUGGAACUAAGUAAAUUCGAAACCCAGUUAGUUUUGGAUGAGAAUAUCGCAAUGUUGGUGGACAAAUCACAAGCUUUAAGAGCUCCACCCACAGAGGAAAAACUAAAGGAAUACAAAAGUGAUUUCGAAUGUCAACUAUUGGGUCAAAAGGAAUCCUUAAAGGCGGAAAAGCUUCGGGAAACAGAACGCUAUAUGGACAAAAUCCUAAUGGGCAAACGCAACAAGUUGCUUAAACUGGGAAAAGAUGAAAUGGCUGCGGCUUUAACUGCCCAAGAUGUACUCAAAGAAAUGUCGGACAACUUUAAAUUUGAUCGUCAAAAUGCGUUGGUUGAGGUGCCCUGUGAACAUCAUAAAAAGCAUUCUGGAAAGUUGGUCACCGGACCUCUUGUGAUCAUUAAUUCCCUGAAAUAUCGCAUUUUUAAAGACCUUUGGAUGCGAGGCAACUUUGUGACCUCUGGUGAUGCUUUUGGAGCGGACUUCCUUGUUUAUCCCGGAGACCCCCUCAUCUAUCACGCCUCACAUAUUGUGAUAGUGCAGGAUGCACCACUUAUUAAACCCUUGGAACUGGUGGCCAAAGUUCGACUCUCUGUUAUUGUCAACAAGAGAUGCGUUUUUGCAUACGAGAGCGACAAUAGCGAUGAAAUCCAUUACCAGACUGUAGCUUGGUGCAAUCCUUGCAAGUGAGAAAAUCAAAGUUUCGUGAAAGCAGCGCGCCAAGCAGCAAGAAGAAGCAGCAGAGGGAGUAAAAAGCAGUGGCGUAGUGAGGAAGGGAGUUUAAA